AUAUCUAGAGUCCAUACAAUUAAUAUCGCUUCCACUUCCAUUCCUCAUAAACACGAUAUAAAAAACAGAAGACACUCCUUUGAUGGCUUCCAUUCGUUUACUAGAGCAGAACAUCCAUCUCAUAUACAUAAUGAUAAUGAUUCAGUAGAAAUACAACACCCAUAUGACAAAAGAAUAGAUAAAGAGUAUUUUUUUUGUGUAGAAAAUUACAAUACAUGAGAACAACAUGAAGAAAACGUUUAUAUUUGACUAUGAAUCAUUACCUACUGAAGUAAAAGGCUUGAUUGGCAAAUACGAACAGAACGGAGAUGUUAUAAGGAAGAAGGUGAUGCUAAAGCACAUAAAGAACGAUCACACUUAUAAAGAAAAUCAAGAUAAUGACGAUGAUGACGAUGAAGAUGAUGAUAAUGAUGAAAUGAUGAACGAUAUGAAUGAGGACGACAGUGACAGUAGUGAAUAUGAAACAAUGGAUAUCAAAAAUGUCAUCACAGGAUAUGUUUCAAAUGAAGCAUAUAACGAGCCAAGAGAAGUCGCUAUUGUUACAGCUUCACCAUCAAACAAUAUCGAGUUUAGGAAACUGGCUCAACUAUCAGCUGACACAGAAAAUGGGCCGCUUCUUGAUCUUUGCAUAUUCUUCUUUGGAGAUGAAACAGAUACGCAUCAGGAGAAUGUCAAUGAUCUGUUAACAUCGGUGGAAGAUCAAUUAGAAUCCUUGGAAUCUUUUCAAUCAGCAUCUAGAGCAUUCUUGGUCGAAAAUGAAGAGGCUAUGCGUCGUCUCCAUCUUUCUGGUCUCACUGGAAUUGCAGAUCAAGACGAUGCUGUUGAAAUAAGAGAUGAUGUGUUUGAGAAUAGACAUGAUGAGAUACUAAUAAUGCUUCAGACACUUAAACAUGAACUACAGAGCUUCAAAGGAUCAUUAAAGGAAACAAAAAGACUAAUACAAAGAAUACAACAUGAAAUGGAUGAUACAAGAAAUAUCAUGGAAAUAUACAUCAAGGAUAUACCCGAGUCACAUUAUUCUGCAGUAAGAUAUUUAUUAUUAUUAUUUUGCUUGCAAAUGUUGAUUUUAUUUUUGUUCUGUAGCUAAAGAAACUUGAAGUGGAUAUUGAAUUGAUUUUAUCAAGACGAGCGAAAAAUCCCUGGUUAGAUACUGGAUAUGCCAUACUGUCUUAUUUAUUGACAGGUAAACUUUUUUCUUUCUUUCUC